AUGAUUGAAUAUAUUGAACAAUCGUUGAAUAUAACUUCUGACAUUUCUGAUUCUUUAAGCAUAAUAUCAUCUGAUACUGAUAGAGAGUGGCAAGAAUCAUUAAAUCAACUAAAUAUGCUUCUGUAUUGGGUCCUCAUUCCAUUUAUCGGAAAAUGGGCAGGCCUGUGGAAACAAUAUAUGAGAAUGAAAACUCCUAUAGAGUCUGCAGUAAAAGGUCAAAAUAUAUCCAGGAUGGCUAGAUUACUCGGAACAAUGUCAUUAUAUUAG